AUGAGUACUGUGUUCGAUGAUAUACUCGGCAAUUUAGAUUUCAAGAAGAGUGACAAACCAACAGCACGUACAAAAGCCCAAGUGUCUCAUGAUGACAUGGAUGACGAUUGGCUUACUUCUACAACCGAUACAAAGAAAUCAACAGCGAAAACAAAUUUGAAACGACAAACUGAAAUUGUUGAUGAUGCUGAUCCUGAUGAUGGAUGGAAUCGUACAGCUGCUUCAAGCAUUUCUUACGUGCCGAGCUUUGGUGGUACUGGUACUUUGAAUAGUGCAAAUUUCACUCAAGGUCAAGAUACCAUACAACGUAUAAUAAAUCAGCCCCGACCAGCAACCUCAAGUGGUUCUCGAAAAUACGACGAUUUAUUCGGUGAUUCACCACCAAAAAGUUCUACACUAGGUGAUAUGGAUAAAACAAAGAGAACAGUUCGAUUUGAAGAUCCUAACCCUCAACGUCCUUCUACCGCUCCAUCAGUAGCAGAUAAAAUGCAAAACCAAUCGAAUACUAGUGUAUUAUCAUCACUGCGUACAGGUCUUGAACCGAAUAAAUCUACUGAUAUGUUUUCUUCAAUUAAAACAACGACUGGAUCGAGUAAAGCAAAUGAUUGGCUUGGUCUUAACGAUGGAUCAAGCGAUGAAGAUGAAUUUCCAACACAUACAACAAAAAAAUCCGAGUCUGCUGUUACUACUCUUGUUAAAAAAACAGCUGCAUUACCCUUUCACGAAGCACCUCCAAAAGUAGCGGAACCACCGAGAAAAUCUGUAUUAGAUGGUUUACUUGAAGAUGAUCGACGUGCUUUAACAGAAAAGAUAACUCCACCAAUAAAAGUUCCAGCACCUAAGAUUACACCAGAUUUUCUAUUCGAUGAUCGAACAAGUUCAAGUGCACGAUCAGCUUCAGUUGGAAUAUCAAAACCUCAAUUAUUUACCGAUAGUCAAGAAUUAAAACCACCUACGAAAUCUUCAUACGAUCAGAAAACUGGUUUCGAUAUCAAUAUGUUUAAAGACACACCAAAAGAUUCUAUUUUCACUACAGAUCAACAGAUUUCAACAGCAACCAGAGGAAAUGCAUCGACAACAAAUCUUGAAUUGAAAAAACUUGAAUUCGAAAACAAUGAACUGAAAAUGACAGUUGAACAUAUGAAACGACAACAUGAAAUUGAAAUGUCAAUGCUCGAAGAAGGUUAUAAAAAUCGGCUGGAAUACGUAGAGAAAUCAUGCGAAAGAAGAGAAUCAAGAUUAAAAGAAGAAAAUGAACAUUUGCUUCGUCAAUUACAAGAUCGUACUCAACAAUAUGAAAAUGAAAAAUCCACUUUACUAGCUGAUCAUCAACGGCGUUUAGAUGAUGUACAACGAGAUCGAACAACAGAACUUGAAAAUCUACGAACAUUACAACGACAAACUCUUGAUCAUCUACGACGAGAACAUGAACAAACUAUUCAACGUUUAAAACAACUUAAACAAGAAGAAAUAUCAACAGCACUUGAUGUAACAACGCAUACAAGAGCAUUUGAAUCUGUUGUCGAUCAUAUGGAACAAAAUGCAAAAAAUAUCGAUGAACUUCGACUUAAAAUCGAGGCCAAACAUAGUUCUGCUUUGACAGAUAAAGAUAUUGAAUCAAGAGCAAAAGCACAACAGCUUAAAGCUUAUGAAGAACGUUUGCACUUGCAAGCAAAUGAUUCGGAACGUGAACGCAAAAAUUUACAAGAACUUAUUUCACGUUUAGAAGUGCAUUUAUCAGAACAAACAAAACUUGUUGAAGAAGAACGAUGGAAAGCUUUACAAGCUCAGAAACGUAUGGAAGCUAUGCAAGAUGCAUUGAAUGGUGAACAACGUUUAUAUAUGGAAAAAUUAGCACGUGAUCGUUCGGAAAUUCAACGUAGUAAAGAUCAAUUACUUGACGAUCAAAAAAUAGCAUUAGCUAGCAUUUAUGAAAGUCGUUCACAAUUAGCUGAUGAACGAGCAAAAGUUGAAGCUUUACAAAAGAGUUUUCAAGAACAAAAGCAUCGAGAUAUGCUUCAAAAUGCUACAAUCGACGCUGAAACGCGUGCACAACAGAAACUAGUUGCCGAACAAUUAGCACGUGUUGAACGACGCGAACAAGAAUUAAUUAAACGGGAAGAAGCAUUUAUUUUAGAGAAACGUUCACUAAAUGAAUUAAGGCAACAUCUUGAUAUUGAACAAGUCAAUAUUAGAAGUCAACAAGAAGAUAUAAAACAAAAAUUAAUUGAAAUCGAACAUGCCAAUGAAGUUAUUAAAAAAGAAAAAGAUCGUUUGUCACAACUCUAUUUUGAAUUGCAUGCACUCGAUGGAAAAAAUACUGGACGACUUCAACAAUUACAAAGAUCUAUUCAUAAUCUACGGCAACAAGAAGAAAAUAUGAAUGAACAAUAUACUCGUAUGUCGAAUGAACGAGAAAAUCUAAAACAUAUUCGAUCAAAGUCUCCAUUUAAAAAAUCAUCUUCAGUUGUCGAUCCAGGAUUUUCAACUUUACAACUAGCUGCAGCAGCACCAAUUUCACCGAUAACUUCUUCUCAACAAUCAAUCGAAGAAAGUGUUAUUCUACGAACCUUACGUAUGAACGCUCUUCAAGAUCAAUUAUAUAUUCAAGAUGAAAUGUCAUUUCUUAACAGCAUACGUGCUGGUAAUCAUCUAUCGUCACGCAGUACAAGUCUUUCCAAUAUUCAUCGUCACUCCGAAACGAAUUUACUGAGGACAAAUCAAUAG